AUGCUAUCGACCUUUGAGACAUCAGAAAGUUCACUUGAUUCAAAUAAAAGAAAUUAUGAUAAACCGGAUACCAAAUCAUCAAAUGAUAAUUUGUUUCAUGAACAUUCUGAAAUUUCCUCCGUAGACUCGGACGAUUUUUUAAAACGAAAAUUUGGUGAUAAUAGAUUUGCAAUGUCUUCUUGCAAUAAUAAUGUAACGAAGAAUUCUGGAUUUUCCACCGCAGGUAGUCGCAGUAUUAUUGCAGUUUCAGAAGAUUCCUUGAUAAAAGCAAGAAAAUCUUUGGAUGAUAAUACAAAUGCGAUGCUUAAAUGUAAUGAUAAUGAAUUAAAGAGCUUUGGAUUUUCUACUGGAAACGGCCGCAACCUUCCUUCUAUAUCUGAAACUUCAUUAAAUAAGGCACGAAAAUCAUUUGAUGACAUUACAUUUUCGAAAUCGAUUCGCAGAGAUAAUAAUGUAUUGAAGGAUUCUCGUUUUUCUACCGCAAAUGGACAUAGUAUCGAAAAAAUAUCUGAUGUAUCAUUGAAAAGAGCGCGGAAAAUAUUAGAUGGUGAUUUAAGACAAGGUUCCAUUUUACAAGAAAAAUUACAGAGUAAUAUAAUCGAUCUUUGUGAUUCCGAACUUACAUUUAAUGCCGUUGAUAAAAGAAUGACUACUAUAAUUUUAGACAAAAAUAAGUCUUCCAAUUCGAAGUCUAGAUUAAAAGAAACUCCUUUGAUACAUUCACGACUUGGAUUAAAAAAUAAGAAAGCAAAAAUAUCUUCAAAAAAUAUUGUACAUCCUUUACACCCUAAUAAGCGAAGAAGAUUACAUCCAAACGUUUCUCGGGAAUCUCACAAUUCUCAGUCUAAAAUAUCUGAAUAUAACUCUAUUAAAAAAUUAUUUGAUCUGAAAUCUCCUUUAAAAAAAAGAUUUAGGCUCAAGGAUUUUGUUUCUAAUUAUCCUCUAGAUUUUUCUAUAUCAUAUAUACAAGAACUCGGAAUAUCCGAAGAAGUCAUUAACAUAACUUCAAAAAACGCCAUUACUUAUCGAUUCACGUGGCCUGAAGGAAAAUCACAAGAAAACACGAGACGUUUAUCUGUUUGGGGUCCUGAUGAAGCUUUAUCAUGCCUGAUUGAAUCCGGUGCAAAUUCUGACCUCAUCAACGAAAAUUGGGUUUGUAAUCAUUAUCAAUGGAUCGUUUGGAAAAUUGCGAGUAUGGUUCGAUCUUUCCCUCACGAAUUUCGCAACUGGUGGAAUCCUAAAAAAGUACUUGAUCAAUUACAAUAUAGAUAUGAGAGAGAAAUUAAUAACGCACAUCGAUCUGCACUUAAAAUGAUUAUUGAGGGGGAUGCGGCUGCAAGUAUGCCAAUGAUUCUUUGCGUGUCUGAUAUAAUAAAGGAAGAUACUUCCCAUGUAACUCCAGGAGAAAAUAAUGUUAAAGGAAAUAUUUGCAAAAUUACAUAUAUUCUCGAAUUAACUGAUAUGUGGUAUAAAAUUCGAGCUGAUAUUGAUUUACCUCUUCAACGAGCGAUCAUUAAAUCUAAAUUACAAAUUGGUUGCAAAGUGGAAAUUUGCGGAGCCAAAAUUGUAGGUGGCCCUGUAGGUAUACCAGCUCUCGAAGUAUCUAAUUCCAUUCGGUUGAAACUUUCCGCGAAUUCUACUAAACUUGCGCAUUGGGAUGCAAAAUUGGGAUUUAAUCGGGUCUGUCCUUAUGCCACAUUGCGUAGUCUUUGUCCUGACGGAGGGUAUAUUUUUGCCAUAGAUAUUUUAGUUUUGCGGAAAUACCCAAUAACUUUUCGUGAGACAAUGAUAGAUGGUACAAUAAUUAAUCGCAAUGAACAAGAGGAAGAAUAUGCAAAAAGUAAACAUGAUGUUAGGUUAAAUAUCAAAAUCCAAUCAUUAAUCAACGAGUAUGAAAUAUUGCAUAAACCAAAUACUCAUAACAAGUCAAAGGGUAUCUCCAAAAAGCAAACGAUACAAGAUACGUCUAAGAUUACCUCUGGAGAGCAGCUUUAUGAGAUAAUGCAAGACUGUCUUGAACUUUCCAAAUUCUGGCAAGACUUAUCUUCGGAACAGAGCGAAUGGCUUCAAAAUUAUAUACAAAAAAAGGAACAAGAAAAAGCAAGUCAUAUGAAUGAAUGGGUCUAUGAUAAUUUAGAGAAAUUAAAUUAUACUCGUAAAGUUAUUCCAUAUUUCAAAGUUCGUGUCUGUGAUUAUAAUACUUCGACAAUUAAUAGACGUGAGGGUAUUAUCAAUGUUUGGCAGCCAGAUGAAUUAUUGUUCAAUACGAUAAAAGAAGGGCGAAGAUAUAAGGUUUACUCUUUAACAUCGGCUAACAACCAAAAUUACCAAAUGACCUCUUUAUCUCCUAUUCGUUUAUCGUCAAUGAAAGGUUCAACCAUCUGGAAAGAAGAAUUUAUGAAUACAAAUAAUAAUGCAUUGUCUUUUUAUUCAUCGAGAACUAUAUCCCAUUUAGAUGAACUUCAAAGACAGGACUUGAACAUUGAAGUGGAUGUAGUAGUAUAUAUUCUAGUUGUUGGAGAUCUCUCUAUCGGACAAAGAUUUGGAAAAUCAGUAAAAAUCCAAUCCCUGUUAGUCACCGACAACAGUGGACGUUUAGCACAAAUUGAAAUAAAAAAUAUUUCUACUUAUAUGGAAGAUAUACUACUGAAGCCAAAGAACGUUCUUAUUUUAUUAAACUUGCAAUAUCGCGCAUAUGAUCCGAAAUACGGAAUAUAUAUUCUUUCAACAUGUGAUAAUACCGAAAUCAAAAUUUCAUCGCGUGAAGAAUACACCAGACAAGCCAAAGGAAAUCUGGAACAAUGGAUAAAAAAUAAUUCUGACCUUGUUAAUAAAUGUGAGGCAAAAGCUAUAGAGCUUUGCAGACCAUACUAUUAA